UUUCUGAUCCCUGAGUGGAUCUUCAGGGCUGACAUGGAGACCUUAUCAAAACUGGAUCAGGAGGCUGGAGGGCUUCGUAGCUGGCAGGUGAAUUUGGGCUGUGAGCUCAGGGAAGACGGGAGCAAAGGAGGGUUUUUGCACUAUGGCUACGAUGGGAUGGACUUCAUCAGCUUCGACAAGGAGACCCUCAGAUGGGUGACAGCUCAGCCCCUGGCCCAGAAGGUCAAGGAGGAGUGGGAGGAGGAUCCAAGAUGGUCCCAGGAAAGUAAAGUCUUCCUGGAGGAGACCUGCAUUGCGUGCCUGCAGAGAUAUCUGUCCUACAAGAAGGCGACUCUGGAGAAGAUAGAGCCUCCAGUGGGGAAGGUGACCCAUAAAGUGGAGGAUGAGAGGCUGGAGGUCCUCACCUGCCAGGCCUUUGGCUUCUAUCCCAAGGAGAUCCAGGCCAUCUGGACCAGGGAUGGAGAGGCCUGCAAGUAUGAGACCCUCCUUAAGAACGUGGCCCCCAACUCAGAUGGGACCUAUUAUGUCCAGCUCAGCAUUGAGAUCGACCCCAAGG